AUGGAGUCAACAAGAGUGGCUGCCUUGUGGGUCUUUCUGCUGCUGGCGUUUGGAUCAUCUUGCGCCAAAGUUGAAGAGGAGAACCCAGAGUACUGGAGGUCUCAGGCCCGGAAGACUUUGCAGUCAGUGCUGGACAGGAAGCUCAACACCAAUGUGGCCAAGAACAUCCUGUUUUUUCUUGGAGAUGGUAUGGGAAUCACAACCUACACUGCAGCUCGAAUCCUCAAGGGACAGCUGCAGAACCAGUCGGGAGAGGACACAGUGAUGACCAUGGACACCUUCCCUAAUGUGGGCUUGCUCAAGACCUAUAGUGUGGACUUCCAGAUCGCAGACAGUGCAGCCACAGCUACAGCUUAUCUGUGUGGAGUGAAAACCAACCUGAACACCCUCGGCGUGAAUGCAGCCGCUCGCAAUGGCAUCUGUAAGACUCAGAAGGGCAACGAGGUCACAUCCAUCCUGAAAUGGGCCAAAGACGCAGGAAAGUCUGUUGGGAUUGUAACAACUACGCGAGUCCAACACGCCACCCCAGCAGCCACCUACGCCCACAGCGCCAGCAGGAAGUGGUACAGUGAUGCCGACAUGCCUGCAUCUGCAAAGAAGGAGGGCUGCACUGACAUCGCCUCUCAACUGCUCAACAACACUGACAUAGACGUGAUCAUCGGUGGUGGUAGGAAGUACAUGACCCCUAGAGGAACCAAAGACCCAGAAUACCCCAGGGAUUAUAAAUCCAGGGGCAAGAGACAGGAUGGACGCAACCUCAUCAAUGAAUGGCAGAGCAUGAAAAUGGGGAAGGUUGCUCGCUAUGUGUGGAAUAAAAAUGAUUUUGAUGCUGUUGACCCUGAAACCACUGACUACCUCAUGGCUCUGUUUGAACCUGGUGAUCUGCGCUUCGAAGCCGACAGAAACCCAAACAUGGACCCAUCUAUCAUCGAGACCACAGAAAAGGCCAUCCGCAUCCUCCAGAAAAACCCAAAGGGCUUCUUUUUGCUAGUGGAAGGUGGACGCAUUGACCAGGCUCACCACGCAGGGAGGGGGUACAUGGCGCUCCAUGAGACGGUCGCUUUUGACAACGCCAUUGCCAAGGGUCUUGAACUCACCAAAGAAGAGGAGACUCUCACAAUAGUCAUGGCUGACCACUCCCACCCUUUCACCUUCAAUGGAUACCCAUUUCGAGGACAAAGCAUUCUGGGUAAAUCUCCACUGUGGGCUAUGGAUUUCCGUCCUUACACCACACUGAUGUACGGAAAUGGACCAGGGCACAAAGUCGUCAAUGGCACACGCCCUGACAUCCGUGAUGUUGACACUAAAACUAAAGACUAUGUCCAAAUGGCCGCGGUGCCAACAGAGUCGGCCACUCACAGCGGAGAAGAUGUGGUCGUGCUCGCCCGUGGCCCCAUGGCCCACCUCUUUGACGGCGUCCAGGAGCAGAACUACGUCGCCCACGCCAUGGGCUACGCUUCUUGUUUGGGCUCUGAUCUGAGGCACUGUCAGGGACCAGACCCACCUCAAACAUCUGCAGUUCAUACCACAUUCAGUAAUGACAAAAACAGUGCUCCAGGCGGGGGGGCUCUGGGAUCAGCAGCUUUGCUCAGCAGCCUUCUUUCUGCACUGCUGGCAUACACUGUGCUGAUGUGAGAUCCCAAUUCUUUAAUGAGCUGUAUUGAUCUCACUGCACACUUGCCAAAUCAGGGAGGUCAGAGGUCACGUUGACAGCAGAAUGCUCAAGAAACCUCAAGUAAGGUAGAUGUGCUUGUGGGCUUUUUCAAUCCUGGUAAUUUCCUAAUGAGCAAAGAGAAAAAUCAUUGCUAACAGCUAUUUAUAAAAUUUGCUGAUGAAGGUGAAAA